AUGACCGCAAAGACUUUUUUACUACAGGCAUCUUCUACUCGUCCCCGCAGUAAUCACUUCAAAUGUGAGAGUAGUAAUAUUCCUUUGGCCCCUGUACCGAUCGCGCCAAACACCCAUCAUCAAGCUUACAACGCGCAAGAGCUGGAAAACGAUAACAAUUCCAUCGGCAACAAGAAGAAGAAGAAAUCCGGUUUAGUGGUCAGAACCUCCAAGCAUUGGGUUUUGCCUCCUAGGCCAAGGCCUGGUAGAAGGUCUUCUUCCCACAAUACCAUCGCAUCUAGCAACCCUAAUAGCAUCAACAACCUAAAUAUUGCUGCCAACAGUAGGAACAAUAGUAACAACAGCACCGCUUCGAGCAAGAGACAACCUUCCAAGGAAAAGAGGAAACCAAGACACGUUCAGACAAUCGAUGAAAAGUUAAUAAAUGACUCAAAUUAUUUGGCUUUUCUAAAAUUCGAUGAUUUAGAUAAUGAAAAAUUCCAGUCUUCCGCCUCUUCUAUUUCAUCUCCAUCCUAUUCUUCCCCAACUUUUUCAAGUUAUAGAAAUAGAAAAAAAACAGAAUAUAUGGACGAUGAAAGUUGCACCGAUGUAGAAACUAUUGCCGCCCACAAUGGCUUGCUAUCUAAAAAUCACAACAUAGAUUCCACUUCAAACAUUCAUCCACCACCCUCAAAGAAAUCAAAACUAAACGAUUUCGACUUACUCUCUUUAUCUUCCACCUCUUCAUCGGCUACUCCAGUUCCGCAAUUGACAAAAGAUUUAAACCUAAAUCUGAAUUUCCACAAGACUCCUCACAAAUCUUCGUUCCCUGAUUCUCCUUCAGACUUUUCCCCUUCGGAUUCAGUUUCCCUGAUUAGAAACCAUUCCUUACCCACCAAUUUGCAAAUAAAGGACAAAAUCAAUGAUUUGAACGAGAUUAAAUUCUUCAACGAUUUUGAGAAACUAGAAUUCUUCAAUAAGUACGCUAAAGCCAACACAAACAAUGGCAUGAAUGAAAACAAUGAUCUUUGGAACUCAUAUUUGCAAUCAGUGGAAAACCACAACAGCACGAACCAUACCGAAGGGCAACAAGAAGACAAUGACGACAAUAUGUCCUUAUUGAAUUUGCCCAUCCCAGAAGAACCCGUUUCCUCUGAACAAGACAUUAAGGCCAAAGAAAAUGAUGAAGACAUUUGGAAUUAUCUACCAAGUUCAAGCACGCAGCAAGAUUCGUUACAACUUUUGAACAAAAACUGUAAUUCCAAUAAAGAAAACUCACAAACCGAUUAUGAAGAGAAUUUCCUGUUCAUUCAAGACCAGAAUGAAAACACACCAAAGCCACACCACGAUGAGUUGAGUUCGGAAAUCACGUUGGCUGAUAGCAAGUUUUCUUACUUGCCGCCCACUUUAGAAGAAUUGAUGGAAGAACAAGACGGUAAUAAUAAUAGGUCUUUCAAGAACUUCAUGUUUUCUAAUGAUAGCGGGAUGACAUGUUCAAACAUCGACAGCAAUACCACUACAAACAACAAUGAUGAUGACUAUACAAAAGUACUAAAAUCUAAAAAAAUUGCUACCUCCAAGUCGAACGUGAAUCUCUAUGACUUAAACGAGAACAACAAUGGUGCCACUGCUACUAACGAGUUCGACCAAAACAGCUUCAUUGAUGACCUCGAUGAAGACGUUGAUUUUCUAAAGGUUCAAGUUUUCUAA